AGACCGAGGAGGAGGUCUGGGAAUGCCGAGGAGGGUAAAAAAAAAAAAGCGGGGAGGGGAUUUGUAAAAGUUGCAAGUCUAGGGCAACGUGGACCACAUGCUAGGAGAAGGAAUGCACGCGUCUUUGUAGGAAAGGAGAAGACGAGAACAGGAGGUGGAGGCAAGAGGGGAGGGACCUUGCAGCGUGGCUUUCUCAGAGUCUGAAUGAAAGAAUCUCUCUCUGUCUCGCUGUCUGGAUGCAUGGCGUCUGCUGGCUGCACAUGUCCGGGGACAACAAACCAGUCCUCUAAGAUGGACUAAGUCUUUUCUCCACACCUCCUCCGUCUUGUUUUGUUUGGGACCGAUCGUCACGUCAUGGACUGGCCCGCUCUUGCCAAGACUGAAGAACGAGGAGCACGUUCCUGGAAAGAAAACCCCACAUCUGCGCGGACCCUGAACCAUGCCUGCCGUCUAACUCCACCUAGUCCGCACCGACCUGUACGUACGUAACUACCGGUCUGUUUACUCAAAACCAAAAAAAAUGACCUCACCCAUAAGGACCCGCAAGCACUUCUCCGCUCGCCUGUCCCUGGCCACGCUGCUGCUGGUCCAGGUGAGGUGGGGGUGCUGUCAUCCGCAGUGUUUGGACUACAAGCCGCCGUUCGAGCCCCGCCAGCCGCUGCUCUUCUGCAAGGACUACUCCAAGUUCGGGUGCUGCGACGACGAAAAGGAUCAUCGGCUCGUCAGGUUCUACACCAUCAUGGAGAACUUCGACCACAUGGGCUACGCCACCUGUGGGAAGUACAUACGCAGCAUUCUCUGUCAGGAGUGCUCUCCAUACGCCGCCCACCUGUACGACGCCGAAGACGCAAACACACCCAUGCGGGUCUUGCCCGGACUGUGUGGCAACUAUUGUCAAGACUACUGGCACCAGUGUAGGUACACACUGAGUCUCCUCCUGGAGGACCUGGGGAGCCCGGGACAGUUUUCAAACCUGACCGCCGCGAUAGAAGAAGACCAGAGAAAGUUUUGCGGAUUUCUGGAGCUGAAAGAUAAACAAUACUGCUACCCUAACGUCUUGUCCAACACGGAACUAAAUGCCAACCUGGGUUCGGUGCGAGCGGAUUCCGAAGGCUGUCUGGAGUUGUGUCUGCAGGAGGUGGCGAAUGGACUCCGCAACCCGGUGGCUAUGAUCCACGCCGAUGACGGAACACAUCGGUUCUUCGUGGCCGAGCAGCUGGGUUACGUGUGGGUGUAUCUGGCCAACGGAUCCAGGAUCGACCGUCCGUUCCUCAAUCUCACGCGUGCUGUCCUGACGUCGCCAUGGGCUGGAGAUGAGAGGGGGUUCCUCUGCAUAGCCCUGCACCCUAGGUUUACCACGGUCAGAAAGGCCUACGUUUACUACUCGGUGUCCGUCAAGAGGGAGGAGAGGAUCCGCAUCAGCGAGUUCACACUGUCAACGUACGACGACAACCAACUUGACCACUCCUCAGAGAGGACCCUCCUCGAGGUGGAACAACCAGCGUCCAAUCAUAACGGGGGUCAGCUUUUGUUUGGCCACGACGGAUAUCUCUACAUCUUUAUCGGGGACGGCGGUCGAGCCGGGGACCCUUUUGGCAAAUUUGGCAACUCGCAGAACAAGUCAACCCUCCUUGGCAAAGUCCUGCGAGUGGAUGUCAAUAACAACGACGAUGGCGCCCCUUACAGCAUCCCUUCAGAUAACCCCUUCCUCGGAGAGAAGGGGAGCCUCCCAGAGAUUUAUGCCUACGGGGUACGCAACAUGUGGCGAUGCGCCGUGGACCGCGGCGACCCGGCGACGGGCCAAGGUCGAGGCAGGAUGUUCUGUGGCGAUGUGGGCCAGAACAAAUACGAGGAAGUAGACCUCAUCCUGAAAGGCGGCAACUAUGGAUGGAGGGCAAAGGAGGGCUUCAACUGCUACGAUCGCAAACUCUGUCGUAACUCAUCUCUGGACGACAUCCUGCCAAUAUUUGCUUACCCCCACAAGUUGGGCAAGUCGGUGACGGGCGGCUACAUCUACAGAGGUUGCCAGAUGCCCAACCUCAAUGGUCUCUACAUCUUUGGGGAUUUCAUGAGUGGGCGUCUGAUGUCCUUAAAAGAGGACGUGACCACGGGGGAGUGGCAGUACAACGAGGUCUGCAUGGGACGGGACCAAACCUGCAGAUUCCCCAAACUCAUCAACAGCUACUAUAAAUACAUCAUCUCUUUUGCAGAAGAUGAAGCAGGUGAAUUGUACUUUCUUGCCACGGGUGCGGCGAGUGCCACCGCCAGAGCGGGAGUCAUCUAUAAGAUAGUGGAUCCCUCCAGGCGAGCUGCACCAGGAAAAUGUGGCAUCAAACCUUCGCCGGUGAAGAUAAAGGGAAAACUUAUCCACUUCCACCCAAAAGAAGAAUUUGUUAUGGACAAGAAAGCGACCACCACACCGGUGCCGACCACAACGCCGAGGAUAGCCCCCACCACCAGGAAAGCCCCCACCAGAAGAAGCACCACACCCGCCCCCACCAGAAAAGCUCGGCCCCCCAAAAGGACGCCGACAGCGGCCGUGAAAACGACGACCCCGGCAGCCAGUUUGGCCAAAGCCACACCCACCGGUUCUGUCGACACUGCGGCCGGCGUUCAAACCGCGAGUUCAUCGAGGAAACAUGUGAGACCCCACCCGACUACCUCCUCCCGGACUCUAACCUUCCCGCGGGCCCCUCCUCCUCUGUCCACAAAGAAAACGUACACAAGUUCGACCAAUGCCCGUAGUCCUGAGCCUCAAAGGAGGUCGACGACUCCACGGCCGCCGUAUUGGAUCCCCAAGCCCACAUCCUAUAGACCUCCAACCAACCCCACUCAGGCCAAGGUGGUGUUGGGAGAGAAGACGGGCAACGCGGAGGAAGGCGAGGGUAACCAAGUGAAUAAACGUCCCAGAGUAGGUCAGAAGGGAGUAAGAACAGGGGGAAGAAGGAUCCGUGUCGGCUCGGUCCGACUGGUCAGCACAGACGGUCUGUCCGACCGAGGACGAGUCGAGAUCUUCAUCCGCGGGGAGUGGGGGACCGUCUGCGACGACCUCUUCACCACCAGGGCCGGUAGCGUGGUGUGUCGGCAGCUGGGCUUCACCACGGCGCUGGCGGUGAUGAAGAGGGCCGUGCUGGGUCCGGCGGACGCCGCCGUCCGGAUCUUCUUGGACGACGUGGAGUGCGAGGGCGAGGAAAGGUCCCUGCUGGAGUGCAAGAGGUCCAGAGUCGGGAAGCACAACUGCUCCCACUCGGAGGACGUGGGAGUGAUCUGUGGAUAGGGGGAGGACCUCGGAACGUAGGUCUGGAUGAGUUUUACCUCGUACCUGUCAGAAUCCUGAGUGUGACGGACGCAUGAAUGAGUGGUUAUGUUGUCCAGGACUAGCUGCAGUGUGCUUAAACAACCACCAGGUAGCAUCGGUCAGCAGAUCAAUUAAGAAAGUUCAUCUAAGUGAGGGAUGAGGCAAAAACUCAUCCAGACCCUCUCUUGUUUGGUAAUCUCCAGAUCAAUGUUCGGAUCAUAGCCGUUUUAAAUUUACGUCCACUGAAAUCCUCAAAGAUGACGCAUCCGCAUUUGUGUUCUUCUGUUGUUAAUUGAAGAGAUACCACGUUCAUGUUUAGCCGUCAUCAUAGGAACUACAAAAGAUUAUGAAUAUUCCGAAUACGGGAUAAAAUCAAGGGAAACAGUUCCUAUAUUAAGGUCAGUACAGUACAUGCCGUGUUUUUUGGACCAUAGGGCGCACCGGAUUAUAAGGCAAACUGCCAAUGAUCGGGUCUGUUUAGGUCUUUUUUUCAUACAAUCAGUGCACCGGAUUAUAAGGCGCAUUGAUGUUCGGAAUUGGUCAAGGAGGUGACCCCAGGAUGCAGAGACGGGAGGCCAGGUAGAAUUACAAGAAGGGAAAAUUUAAUAGGUCCAAAAAGUGUAAGAAAAGGUGAUGGGGCAGAAGUGCACACCAUGAAUAAACAAAACAAAAACAGGUCCCUCAGUGGUCGGUAGGGGGAAAAGGCCAGGGCGCACUGAGCACAACAAAAAGGUCCAACACAAAAUCCUCUUUACCUCAGGGAGGCUAGGAAGCAAACACAAAGAGGUGAGGAAUUCCAGGAAUAAGGAUAGACAACAUACCAGGAUUGACGAAGUGAACGAGCUUAAAUACACCUAGGUAGGGAUUUGUCGCAGGUGUGCCUCGCUGUGGACUAAUUAACUGGAGAAAACAAGACACCAUAAAAAGUGAAGGCAGGGAAAUGACAAAACACAACAAUUGAAGGAGUUUUCUAAACGUAAACCACAAGGUCUACAUAACAUCUAAUGGUGGUUCUUUGGUCAAAAUGUUGCAUGGAUGAUGUGUUUAGGAUCAUUAUCUCGUCACUGUCUGACAGUCGCUUUUGCGGGGGGUCUAAUUUAAGUGACUCUCUUCGGGAGUGGAAGAAGUCUCCAAAGAUGGCGCUAACUGUUUCCAAGACAUUCAGACUUUACUUCAAUCAACAACGGAGCAGCAUCUCCUCACCCGUGGCUCCCUAGUGCAACAACAACCAUCCGACCUGAACCCUCUAAUACCUAUAGUUCCUUGGGUGAAUAAUGUAAACUCACCACACCGGUAUGUUUUAGUGCUUUCUUGGCGAGUCUACUGACAGAUAUAAGUAAGAACUUUACACUACUUUAUAUUAGAAAUGGCAACAGCGGAGGAUGAAUGUCCCAUAACAAGAAAAUAGGUGACUAAGGCGUCGGCACGGACUACAAUGGCGGAUGCGCGCACAUUUUCAGGAGCGAAUUUGAUCGAUAUUACGGAGAUGAAAGAAGGCCGUUUUAGUAACGCUUUUAAUGUGUGACUCAAAGGAGAGAGUUGGGUCAAAGAUAACACCCAGAUUCUUUACCGAGUCACCUUGUUUAAAUGUUUGGUUGUCAAAUGUUAGAGUUGUAUUAUCAAAUAGAGGUCGGUGUCUAGCAGGACCGAUAAUCAGCAUUUACGUUUUUUUGCCGUUGAGUUGCAAAAAGUUAGCGGACAUCCAUUGUUUAAUUUCAUUAAGACACGCCUCCAGCUGACUACAAUCCGGCGUGUUGGUCAGCUUUAGGGGCAUGUAGAGUUGGGUGUCAUCAGCAUAACAGUGAAAGCUAAUACCGUAUUUGCGUAUGACGUCACCUAGCGGCAGCAUGUGGAUGCUGAAGAGUGCAGGGCCAAGGACCGAACCCUGGGGAACUCCACACGUUACCUUAACGUAGUCCGAGGUCACAUUGUUAUGGGAGACGCACUGCAUCCUAUCAGUAAGAUAAGAGUUAAACCAAGACAGGGCUAAGUCUGACAUACCAAUUCGUGUUUUGAUACGUUCUAAUAAAAUAUUAUGAUCGACGGUAUCGAAAGCAGCGCUAAGAUCGAGGAGCAGCAACAUAGAUGACGCAUCUAAUAAUACUGGUAUGUUUAAUGCACCGACAAUCCAUCAAGCGGUGCGGCUACAUAGCUUGCCGAAGUCGUGCUAAAAAAUUGUUGACAGAUUUUCGAGCGCCGUGUGUAAUGUUCUAUAUUCUCAAUGGAACAUUUAAAGUUUUGGUGUUGUUUACUGCUAUCAUAUUGCAGUCUACACGUAUCUCUUAUGUGCGACUGCCAUCUACUGGUCACACUUAUCAUUACACCAUGUAUUAAAAAAAAAUAAAAAAUUGCCUCAAGGUCGGUAAGCACAAGCAAUAUUAGGGGAAAUGUGCUAUAUAACUAAAGUGGAUUGGAUAAAAAUAACAUUCAAAAUAUAAAACAUUCUCAUGCAUUUUUAUGUUCAAGAAGUUGCGUUAAUGGUAAGAAGUAAUUCAUUUAUUAUUGGUUAGUGUUGGGCUUGCCCCCCCUGGGCAAUUAUAGUUGCACAUUACUUACAGAAAGUAUUGAGGAACAAAUGUGUCCGCAUCAUUAAACUUAAUGCAUUAUGGCUUUUAGGUGUAGCCAAACUUCAGCUUAAGUCCAUUAUAGACGGUAAUAACUAGAGAUGUCUGAUAAUAUCAGCCUGUUGAUACUAUCUGCCGAUAAAUGCUUUAAAAUGUAAUAUCGGAAAUUAUCGGUUUCUAAAAGUAAAAUGAAUGCCUUUUUUAAAACGCCGCUGUAUCUAGUAAAACACGGAAGUAGGGGGCAGUACAGAGUAUGAGAGGUUUACUGGCAACGCAUGAUGACCUCAUCAAACAGCCCCAUAACAAGAAGAGUAUUGUUGCCGGUGCUGUAGCCUGCCUAAAAAGCUCGCUCGCUCGCUGACUGACUAACACAGGGGGAGGGAACCUAUGGCUCUUUUGAUGACUGCAUCUGGCUCUCGGAUAAAUCUGAGCGGACAUUGCUUAACGGGAAAAGUAAUGAAUAAUUCUAUUUGUAAUAAUAGUAUUUAAAAAUAACAUUCAUGAUAUAAAACAUUCUCAUGCAUUUUUAUGUUCAAGAAGUUGCGUUAAUGGUAAGAAGUCAUUUAUUUAUUAUUGGUUAGUGUUGGGCUUGCCCUCCUGGGGGUUCUUCAGACCACCGAGCACCGACAUGAGAGCCUGUUUUAGGGUAAAAUAUUUUUUCAAUUAGUCUCUCAGUUGCUUUCCAGCAAUUGUCUUUUUCUCUUUCGUCCUCACUCGCGCUCCGGCUCCAGCCCCAACCCUGUCUCUCCUCCUGGCUGCUGCUUAUAACAGAGCGAUAGGUGAUUAGAUAAAAAGGCCCAGGUGGGCCUUCUACGCACCUGUCGCUGAUUUCGAGGCCGGUCCUGGCACACCCCAGUUCAUUGCAGGCCCACAGGCCACGCCUCCUCCACAGUUUGCUUCAGAAUAACAAUGUUAUUACAAAGAAUAAGAGACCUAUUAUACUCUGGAAAUGUUGGUCUUACUUAAAAAUGCACGCGUUUGUGUUCAGCGUUAAAAAAAAUAUUAUAUGGCUCUUAGGGAAAUACAUUUUAAAAUAUUUGGCUUCUUCUCAGUCAAAAAGGUUCCCGACCCCUGCUCUAAAGGAAUAUCUGCCCAUUAUCUUUAUGAAUUCACUCGGUCACCGGUGUUAGUUUACAUGCAGUUGAAUGAUAACAGAGAGGAUAUUUUCUAUUUUUAUACAGUCACAUUUCAGCAGGGCUAUCUUCUGAAGUGUUUGUCACAACGUUUUUAUUGUACUGAAUUGAAUGAGAUGAGCAAUAUGCACGGAAAAAUGCUGGACAUUAUGUACUUUGAAUGUAAUUUCCAC